AUGGAGGCAGAUGCAAAAUUUUUGUGGAAGAAUGUUGCUCAAGUCAAAGAGGAGCUUGGCGUCAAGAAGGUUUACAACGCAGACCAGAGUGGAGUGUGUUUGGAGUAUUUACAGAAGCAUACUAUCAGUGAAAAGGGUGCUAAGACUGUAUGGGUGCGAUGUGGAGGCAAGGACAAAGAGCGCCUCACCGAUAUGUUUCUGGUACACUCUACGGGCAAGCAAUAUACUCCUUUCUCUUCCUCUUAUCUAUCUAACAAAAAUGACUGUGAAAUUUCAUCAACCUGUAAACGCUACAGAAACGCCGCCCGAAUGGAUGGUAGCUAG